AUGCCUCCCCGACGCCGCAAUCGUCGUGGCAAGGACCCGACCCCAUCGCCCGAGCCGUCGCCCGAGCCCCAAGUAGAGGAGCAGGAAAUGGAGGAGGGUAGCGGGGACGAAGAAGCGCAAGAAGAGCAAGGGGCUACUGCGGCGCAAGCUUCAGCGGGCGACGAUGACGGCCUGGAAGGGGAGUUGGCCAAGCUCAGAUUCGACGAGCCUUUAACGUGGCGCCCAGGAAAGCCUAUCCCUGUGUCACAGUUAUUACCGAGGCUUCAAAGGCUGUUCGAAGAGCUUAGCGACAUGGAGCAGGAUCGCGUGGAUAAGGACUCCCUGGCCGACGUAGCGAAUUCCCUCGCUCAGCGCAACCUUCUUCAGCACAAGGAGCCGCCGAUUAAAGCCUAUGUGGCGUCGUGCCUGGUCGAGAUUUUGCGGCUCUGCGCACCCGACGCGCCGUUCACAGAAGAUCAACUCAAGGCGAUAUUUACCUUCAUCAUCACCUAUACUCUACCUGCGCUCAAGGAUCCCUCGCACCCGUACAAUGGUCAGCAUAAACACGUCUUGUCCUCUCUUGCCGAGGUCAAGAGUAUCCUACUCCUGAACGACCUCGACGGCGCCGAUAACCUCCUCCUACACCUCUUCUCCACCUGCUUCGACUGCGUGUCAGCUUCAUCGAUCCUCGAUGCGGACGGAAACCCCCCUGCAGAUGUCGAGGCACAUAUGACGGAUAUCCUCAUUUUUCUUAUUGACGAGAGUCCCGGCCUUCCAGCGAAAGUUGUGGAGGCUGUCAUUGCGCAGUUUCUCAGGCCGGCGCACUUCAAGUCUGUGCAGAGUCGAUCCGAUAAAGGCGAAUCGAACGGAAAUCAAUCCACCCUCUUGCCAAAGAAAGAGCCUCCUGCGUACGUCAUGGCCAAGAUGAUCUGUACAUACAACCCGGAAAAGAUGGCCCGAUACGUGAGCCAGUACUUUAGCGAUGUCAUCAUGGACGCAUCGAGCUUUGCAACCCGAGGCAACGGCCACAAGCAGGGCGAUGACGAGGAAGAGGCUGCCCCAUCCGGCCCGACAGAGGCGGAUCUGAAGAACCUCUCCCAGGCCCACCUACUGAUUCGGGAGCUUUGGCGCGCUGCCCCGGCCGUGCUGCAGAAUGUCAUUCCCCAGGUCGAAGCCGAGUUGUCGGCCGAUGACGUGCAUCUUCGCCAGAUUGCUACCGAGACCUUCGGCGACAUGAUCUCGGGUAUUGGCGCCGCCGGUCCCCCAUCCGCCCCUAAUUAUGACCCGUGCCAGUAUCCUCCGCUGCGCUUCAACGAUGAGGCUUCGGCCCCCAUCUACGAUAAUGUUCUCACCACGCCCAUAUGCUCGCAAUCAUUUGCGCAAACUUACCCCUCUACCCAUAACAGCUUCCUCGGCAGGAGAAAGGACAAGGUGCCUCAGAUCCGAGCUGCCUGGACCACUGCUGCAGGCUAUAUCCUCUCCACGUCAGCUGGCGGCAUUGGUUUAAGCCGAGAGGAGCAGUCGCAGCUUGUUGAUGCCCUGAACGAAAAGCUCAAUGAUGCCGACGAAAAGGUCAGGUUGGCCGCUGUCAAGGCCAUCGAGCUGUUUUCCUACCGCGAUGUCGUCACUAAACUUGGUCCCAAGGGCGGCGCUAACAAGGAAGGCUCCGUACUCGCAAGUCUUGCCGACCGCUGUCGAGACAAGAGGCCUGCUGUUCGUGUCGAGGCCAUGGUCGUUCUAGGGAAGCUGUGGGCCGUCGCCGCCGGAGACAUUGCCGCUGGCCAAGAUGUCGUGGUGGCCUGUUUCUCGGGUGUUUCCAGCCGGAUUCUCAAUGUCUUCUAUGCCAACGACUUGGAUCUCAAUGUCUUGCUCGAUAGGGUUCUUUACGAGUAUCUCGUGCCGCUUGGGUACCCUCCCCGAAAACAGAAGCCUGGCGCCAAAGGCAGUUCCCAGAGCCAGGCCGCAAGCGGAACAGUAUUCGACCCGGAUAGGAUUCGGGCAGAGAGGCUACUGCAACUCGUAAAAUCCUUGGAUAACCCUGCGAAGAAGGCUUUCCUUGCCAUCCAGUCGCGGCAGCCGCAAUUCGCCCAGGUCUUAGCCCUGUUCAUCAAACAGUGUGAGGCUUUCAAUGGUGGAACUAUUGACGGGGAUGCAAAGCGGACGACGGAGCACCUCAACAAGACGAUUUCCUACGUUUCCACCUUCUUCCCCGACCCUCCCAAGGUCACUACGGACUUGCAGCGUUUCGCGAAGCUCAAUGAUCGCCGAAACUACCAACUCGUCAAGUUUGCUCUUGGUUCCGAGAGCGACUUUAAGACUGUCCAUGGCGCCAUCAAGGAGCUUAUCAAACGCAUCCAGGCCGGCUCUUCUGCACAUAUGCUCGACACCCUCCUUCCCCUCCUAUACCGCUCAUCUUGUCUCAUGUUCAAUAGGAGCCACUUGCCUGCCAUUAUGGAUUGCUCCAAGAAUGACAAGGAUGGUCUUGGUGCUGUUGCCCACGAAGUUCUUAGCGAGAUUUCGCAACGCAACCCGGAGAUCUUCAAGACCCACGUCGGAGACCUGUGCAAAAGCUUAUCUCAGCAGGCCCCUACCGAGCGCAAGGCCAACGACCCCUCCGCUGUGGAUGUCUUGAAGGCGUGUUCGUCGUACUCCCGCAAGUACCCAGAUGAGAUCCCAAGGGACAAGGCGUUUAGCCAGAACCUGAUCAACUAUGCGCUGUACGGGACACCUCCGAAGGCGGCCAAGUACGCUGUGAAUAUCCUCAUGGCCAAGAAUGACGACAAGGCGAUGGUGAACGCGACGAGUCUUAUUCAGAGGAUAAUGAAGGAUUGGAAGUACGAGUCUCCACGACUUCUCAACAACCUGGCGGCCGUGAGCCAACUCGAGCUUCUCGCGCCCAGGGUCACUCUCGACUAUGAUGAUGCCAUCCUUGACAUGACAGUACAGAAGAUUCUGCUCAAUGUCCGGACCGAUGCUACGGAGCGCGAUCCAGUCUGGGUUAAUGACGCAGAUAUGGACGAGGAAAUCCAAGCAAAGUGCCUUUGUCUCAAGAUCCUUGUUAACAGGCUCCGGGCGACGGAGGAUGUCGAGCUGGCCAAGGAGAAAGCUGUACCGGUUUUCAAGCUCCUGAGGAACCUCAUUCUGAAGGACGGCGAGAUUUGCAAAGUCAAGGAUACGCCAAAGCAUCACCGAUCCCGGCUGCUCCUUGCCGCGGCGAAGCUUACCUUGAAGAUUUGCACGAUCAAACAUCUCGACGACAUGUUGCAGCCGAAGGACUUCAACAGCUUGGCUUAUGUGGCCCAGCGGGGAGAGCCUGCGGUCCGUCACGGAUUCGUCGAGAAGCUCCAAAAGUACCUCGUCCAAGGCAAGCUGCGCUCGAGGUUCUACACCAUCAUCUUCCUGACGGCGUUCGAGCCUGUGGUAUCCGUCAAGCAGCGCCUCGAGACGUGGAUCCGAUCCCGCGCCCAGUAUUACAGGGGCACCGAUAAGAAGCACGUCAUGGAGGCGCUCAUGGGCCGUCUCAUUUCGCUCCUGGCACACCACCCGGACUACAGCACCGACGUUGACAACCUAGUCGACCAUGCCCGGUACAUCGUGUACUACCUGAGCAACGUCGCGACCGAGAACAACCUCGGCCUUAUCCUUAGGUAUGCCGAGCGUUCCAAGCAGACGAAGGACGCCAUCGAUCCGGCCAUGAGCGAGAACGUAUACGUGCUCUCGGACUUGGCGCAGGCGGUCAUUCGGAAGUGGAUGGACAAGAAGAAUUGGAGCUUCCGCGUGGGUCCGGCCUCGGUUGGGAUUCCUCUCGGCUUGUAUUUGACGCUGCCGCAUGACCAGGCGCAGGAGAUUGCGGAGAAGCAGUAUUUGCCGGAGGGUGUGGAUGAAAAGCUUGAUGAUCUUAUUCGGUCGAUUGAUCGGAAGAAGAAGAGAAAGUCUGUAGAUGACCGUGCCGAGCCAUCUAGCAAACGGACAAAGACCCUUGUAACGAGGGAAAAGGCGAAACCCAAGACUAGCCGCGCCACCCCUGCGCAGCCCAAAAAGAAGAAGCAACCAGCGCAAAAGGCGGCGAAGCCACGGAAGAAGAGAUCCUACGAUGACGACGACGAUGACGAAGAGGAAGCUGGUGGCGCCCGCGCUAAGUCUGCGGCCCGCGCGGCAGCCGCACGUCGGAGAAGUUCCCGCACUGUCAAGGCCUCUACAUACGCCGAGAGGGACUCGGACGAGGAUGAUGAGGAGAUGCUCGAUGGUGUUGCGGAGUGGGAGUAUCUCGAGGAAGGAGCUGGUGGUGCUGGUGGUGGGGACGAUGAAUCUGAGGGUGAUGAUGCGGGUGGCGAUGGCGAUGAGGAGAGCGAGCUAAGCGAUCCCCCAGAAUCUGGCGAGGAGGAAGAAGAGGAGGAGGAAGAAGAAGAAGAGGAGGAAGCUCCGCCUAAGAGAGCAGCGUCGUCUAGGAGGAGAUGGUAA